AUGUCGGCGGGUGGAUGCCCAUCCACUUCGAAGGCAGGCGAGAGCGCCACCGCGGCGGGACCGGCGCGCCGGACCCAAACGCCUCGGCCGCGAGAGUUCUGUCUUCGUCUCCUCGUCCCUCCCCUGCCUCCGCCCUCUUCUGCGGGGGAGCCCGCUUCGGGAGAAGUGGGAGCGGAAGAAAAGACGCCCUACGUCUUUCAUAUUGAACACCUCUUCCAGGACAUCAUCCCCGAGGAGUCAAAGUACACUCUCAGUCAGACGAAAAUCGAAGUUUCGUUGAAGAAGAAAAGCUCGGGCUUCCACUGGCCUUCGCUGGAGGCGCCGCCAGAAGGCCAGGCUCUGCCGGCUCAGCUUAUCCGCGUGAGCGCAGGGGGGAACGCGGGAGAUGCGAAGAAGCAAGAAGGCGGAGACGCGCCAGCACAAGUUCCCACGCAACCUGCGUAUCCUUCUUCCAAGAACAAAGUUGACUGGAACAAAAUCGAGAAAGAGAUCGACGACGAGCUGAAAGACGACGAAAAGGAAGGCGAGGCGGCGCUUCAGAAGCUGUUUCAACAGAUUUACGCCAAUGCCGAUGAAGACACCCGGCGCGCCAUGAUCAAAUCUUAUCAAACUUCUGGCGGUACUGUUCUCUCCACCAACUGGGACGAAGUUAGAGGAAAAAACUACGAGCAGAGCGUCACGGCACCCGAGGGCCAGGAAGUUCGCCGGUGGACUCAGUCGUGA